AUGGUCUGCGACGAUGCGGUGAAGCCGGUGCUGACCCGGGAGGCGACCCCGGGUCUCGCGGCGUCGGACGAUGAGACAGAGGUCGCCGCGGCGACGUGCCGAGCGGCGGGCGGGAGGCCCGCAGUGCUGACAUGGGAUACCCCGCCAGCACUGCACGGCAACCGCACGGAGCGGCGCGAGCAGCAGGCGGACGGCACCGUCACCGUGACCAGCGAGUUCCGGCUAGUGCCUUCGCGCGCCGCCGACGGGCAGCAGCUGCAGUGCAACGGCCAGACACCCCUCUCUGGCCGCAGCCGGGGAGACAAUGGCCACCACGCUCAGCAUCCAGUACGUCCCGGAGGUCAACGUGCUAUCGAAGGCUUCGACAACAACUGGUAUGUGGGCCGCAUGAGUGCCGAGCUGCUGUGCCAGACCGUCGCAACCCGCCCGCCACCAUCACCUGGAAGAAGGUGAACGCGUCGCUGUCUGAGGACGUGCGCCGCCUGGGGAACGCGCUGCGCUUCUCGACGGCGCUGUCGCACCUCCACGCGGGCGUCUACGUGUGCGAGGCCGCAAAACACCUGGGCAACACCGGCUCGGCGUCGUCGAGGUGGAGAUCCGGGACAAGCCGGCGGCGCGUGAGGCCGGGGGGGGCAGCGUCGGCGCCAUCCUGGGCGGCAUCAUCGCUGCGUCCUCAUCAUCGCCCUCGUCGUCACGGCCAUCAUGCUCUAACCGCCGCAAACAGCGCCGGCGCAAGCCCGAGGGCGCCAUGUGAGUCGCUUACCCACACGUCGCC